CGCGCACGCACGCGCGUCACGCUCUCAUCUUCGAAAUGGCGCACACGCGCAGCGAAGCCCCCGAGAUCGCCGUCUUCAAGGACGACCGCGUCAUGGUCAACGUCAUGUCCGUCGUCGACGUCGUCACGAGCACGGUCCCGCUCCCCGUGAUGCUCCUCGUGGGCGCGAUCAAGCAGGGCGAUCUCCCGCACGGCGUCGCCGUCCUCCAAGUGAUGCCGUGCAAAGACAUCAGCGCGGAGCCCGCGGGGCAGAGGAUAUUCUCGCUGUGGCAGGGCGCGGACGUGGAGACGAUCGCCGCCGCGGUGGAGGCGACGAUCGGCGAGCACUGCACGUCGACGCUGUUCCCGGUGAUGGAGACGCACGCGCACGGGAUCUCGAAGGAGUCGCUGGAGGAGAAGCUCGCGCGGCACGCGCGGUCGACCGCGAGGUCGAUCGAGUCGCUCGACGCUCGGCUCGGGGUCAGCGGCGCGGUCAUCAAGGGCGUCACGACCGGUGAGCAGGUCGUGUCUAAGACGAUGCACGACGUCUGGGAGAAGACCGCGGGGAUCAGAGAGAACCCGACCGUCGCCAAGACCCUCGACGUCGGCGCGAAAGGGUGGAACUCGCUCGUCGGCGGGUUCACCGCCGCGGCCGCGAUGGUCGACCGGACGCGGGAUUCGUUGGUGAAGAGAGGGCAGGAGAUGGCGGGGCCGAGCGAGGAAGCGCUGGCGGUGAACGCGCCGGCGGCGAUCAUUCAGCCCGCGGCGGCGGGCGCGGCGGGGGCGGGGGCGGGGGCGGACGCGAUUCCGACGUCGACGUCCCCGAGCGGGGCUGGGGACGACGACGGAAGCCCGCGCCGUUGCUCGCGUGAGGGCGGUCGUCGAUGA